AUGAUCAUGUGACUAGCACAGUAGGAAGACCUUCCAUUCAAGUGAACCGAAAGAAACGUUACAGCACCUUAUUUUACGUUUUAUACAUAUAUCUUAUGGCAACAUCGCCCGUGAAUUUCGAUCGGAUUUCUUUGUUUCUGAUAUGCCUAGGCGUAUAUUUGUCUCAGUGCGAUGACAUACGACAUUCAUUGGAUGACGACCUCUUGUUGCCCUACACUAAAUCCCAUGGCCCUUCGCAUUCUCACCGCCAUGUGAGAGACUGUCAGCCCGUCUCCAAUGGCAAUGUUACUCAUGAAACCAGGGCAGCAAGCAGGCACUCUAAUUCUCCUGUGGUUGAGUCCAAAAUAUUUAUCUCCGACAUCAUUGAUGACUCUGGCUUUAAGAAAUGGGCAAGUGGCCACAUCACCGUUGUUCACGACCCACUGAGAACUGUGUCCGUCCUGGAGCCAGGGGGCCCUGGAGGGUGCGAGCACAAUUACAGGAAGCUUGUGGAGCUCACUGCUAAAACUAGAAAGUGCCUAGUAGCUCAGAAUGGAGGUUACUUUAACACAAUAACCGGACAGUGUUUAGGGAAUGUUGUGAGUGAUGGAAAACUGGUGAGGAACAGUGGAGGAAUACAGAAUGCACAGUUUGGCAUCAGAAAAGAUGGGACACUAGUGUUUGGUUAUUUGUCUGAAGAGGAUGUCCUGGAUCAGGUAAACCCUUUCGUGCAGUUGAUCAGUGGGGUGGUGUGGCUACUUAGAGCCGGUGAGAUCUACAUCAGUGAGAGCAUCCAGGCAGAGUGUGAUAAAACACAGGAGACAGGAACAUUCCAGUCUUUUGUGGAUGUGGUGUCUGCCCGUACUGCAGUGGGUCAUGAUGCAGAAGGAAGACUCAUCCUCUUCCAUGUCGAUGGUCAGACAAAGACCAGAGGAAUGAACCUCAAGCAAGUGGCCAAGUUUCUGAAAGAACAGGGAGUCAUCAACGCUAUCAAUCUGGAUGGAGGUGGCUCUGCCACCUAUAUCCUCAAUGGAUCUCUGGCUAGUUACCCGUCAGAUCACUGCAAAGAUCCCAUGUGGCGCUGCCCGCGGGCCGUAUCUACUGUGCUGUGUGUUCACGAAAGGCUUUGCCAGCCGGAAGACUGCGGCGGGCAUGGGCACUGUGUGGAUGGCCAGUGCGUAUGUCAGCAGGGCUGGAGGGUACCAGGAUGUGCCAAUCUCACAUGCCAGCCCCCUGAAUGCGGAGACCAUGGCAUCUGCACUGAGAAUGGGUGUGCAUGUGAUGCUGGAUGGAUGGGUGUAAACUGUAGCCACGAAUGUGCAGAAGGUUUCUAUGGUGUUGGCUGCAAUCAAACAUGCACAUGCACAAACAGAGGUUUAUGUGAUCCCGUUCAUGGACACUGCAUCUGUCCUGCUGGUUUUCAUGGAGAUUCCUGUGAGCAAGAGUGCACCAUUGGUUUCUAUGGGCUGAACUGUGAGCAACUAUGCCAGUGCCAUGACAUGUGCCUGUGUGACACCGUCACUGGCAACUGCAACACCACUUUUCAGGAAGUGAGAAACAUCAGCCUGCACCAAGCUGAUCACUGUCUGGUUACCGAGAUGUGGAGAGAAUGGAGAAAAGAGGAAGAGACUCACACAACCAGAUCUUAUUUAUCUGAACAAAGCUGGCUGGUUGUCUGCACUCUCCUGGCAACAUCGCUGCUGGCCAGCCUCGCCGGUAACCUUAUCCUGACGUGCAGAAAAUGCAAAACGCACAGGCAGAGGGAGGAAUACUCCUACGUGCCCCUUGAAGAGAUCAACGGGGCUGCGGAACGAGGUAGAGGGCAGAGGACGAAGCCUGGGAAAGGCCUCUUUCAGCAACAAGACUCGGACUCGCAGGACUCAUCAUAACGCGACCGUGUUUCAGAGUUCUUGCAAAUGUGUGUAUGGGUUCAUGCUUGUGUGCCAGCCGCCAGAGGGCAGAGAGAAGCUGUGCCUUUGUGCCUUAAUAACUACAGCUGGCUGAGUGAACUUUCAAGACUCUCGCUGGCAGAGAAAAGUGGGCAAUGUAUGGUGAGCCCCUUUCACAUCAGCAUAAGAUAAUGAAAGAGGUUGUUUGUUUCUUUGAGCUUUUGGAAGCCCCUCUUCUUUCUGGGAUAUAUACCAUCCGAAUUGACAAUGAUGGACAAUGAGAUGGGUGUUAGAUUUCAAACAGCUGUCUGCUCGUCUGUGUGUUUACUUUCGCCCCAGUCUACAAAACAAUUUUUUUCUUAAUCAGUAUUUUUGACUUGUUUUCCAGGAAAAAUGUCUAAACAUCUUUAAAACAAGAUAAGUGGUAACACUUUACAAUAAGGUUACAUUUGUUAACAUUAGUUAACAAUAUUUGUUAACAUGAACUAACAAUGAACAAUACUUUUAAAAUCAAAAGUUCUAUUAGUUAACAUCAGUUAAUGCAGUAUGAACUAACAAUGAAUAAUUUAAUUUUUAUUAACCAGCAUUAACUCAAAUUAAUAAAUGCUGUAAAAAAAUAUAUUUCAUUGUUUGUUCAUGAUACCUAAUGCAUUAACUACUGUGACCUUAUUGUAAAGUGUUACCUGAUACGUUUAUUUGAGAAGCAAAAUAUGAUAAUAUAUCUUAAAUUAAGUUUAUUUUUUCUGCCCCAUUGGCAAAUUGUUCUUUUUAUCAUUUUAAGAGUAAACCUCAGUAAUUUUGUUAUAUUGAUGCUUAAAACAAGAAAACAAUAACAUAAAAAUAUGAAAGUACAUUUUAAGGAGAUGUUUUGCUGGAAAACAAUGCAAAAAUGCAUUUAAAGAAAAUUAUUUUCUUGUGGUGCAUCUGAGUCUAUAAACCACAACCAACUCUGUUCACACAUGCCAAGUGCCAUGAUUGUGCAGUCUGACUGCAUUUGGCACAUCUUCAUUUUUGUUUGGUUUUCUACCACAGUUCAAUGGCAGCUGGAAGCAAUAUAAGAACUGUUUUCUUACGUUACAUCAUUCACUAUUCAAUCUAUGUUUAAAUGAUUAUUUCACUGACCUCAAUGAAGCCUUUCAUUUUGGUUUUUGUGUUUAAGAGAACCAAGAGAAGAGCAAUAUCACCACAGAGCUUUUUUUAUUGAGAGAAUAGGCCAGUUGUUCCACAUGUUGCCAUAGGAACAGACAAGUUUUGAACUAUGAACCCUUCUGCUGAAAUCUUCCUGCAGAAACAUGCCAAACUGUUAUUUUGAAACUUUGUUUUAUCAAAUGAUUUUCCCCCUUUGGCACCAGAGGUCAUGCAGUUUAUUUUCAUUCCAGCGAUAGCCCUUUUGUUUCCAUACAAGCCUUGCCAACCCCUGUCUGUCUUAUCAUGGUGCUUUUGAACUGUUUUGUGUGUUGUCUCUAGCAAAUCAGACCUGCCAUAUUAUUAAAAAAAAAAUUCAAGGCCUGGAUACUUUUCAGUUGCUCUUAGACAACAAAAAGACGGCAAUUUUUUCAGUUCAUGGCACAGAGUGGCUCUGUAAUUCAGUUCCAAAGCUGUGAAUCCAGGCGUUGGUUUGAGAUUUGAGUAGAAGUGUUUUGUUUGGUUCUAGCUAAGAAACAUGAGACAAAUAGUACAGAAGAGGAACAUUUACUCAAGACCAUUUUAGAGUUCAUAGUUCCUCCGCUGUUUCCUGUUUAGCAUCAUAAAAUAGAUUUGUAUCUGUUUUUUAAGAGUUGUAAAAGAGACUAGUGGAAAGGUGAAUUUCACAAUGCUUGUCAAGAAUUCUGGCCAUAUUUGCCCCAAAACCAAAAGAAAGAAAUCAGAAAUUAUAUUUUCCUAAGUCUAUUUUCAGAACCGUUGCAAUUUUUAUUUUAUUUGUACUGUAAAACAAAGCACAUCCCCCCCAAUUAUAAUGAUGUGAAAUUAUAUUAAAAAAAAAAUAUUAUAAUUAAUUUAAUUAAGUAUUUACAAAAGAUAUUUGUUGUACUGCCUUAUAUGUACGCUGAUUUAAAUGAGAAACAAAUCUUUGUAUUAUGGUAUUUUUACUGUAAUACAAUAAAAAUAUUACUUUAUUACAAUGAGAUUUUCAUGAGAUUCAUCUUGAAAGUGUUUGACUUUAGUUUUAGAUUUAUAUUAAAAAGAUAUGUAUUGCAUAACAGAAGGUGGCUGUCUGCAACAUGAUACAUUUGACUGUUUAUUAACUUCCACCUGGCUCACUGCUUGCUUUGCAAAUGAUCUUCAUAGCGAGCAACCUCUAUUACCCUUACAAGUGUAAAGCAGACGGGGACUUAAAUCAUGUGUUUGAUGUAUUUUUUAUUUCAAUCUGAUCAAGCAAGCAGAUGCUGACAGGUUAGAGAGGGUACUUGUUCGUCUUGUGUUCAUUCUUGAUGCUAAUCAGCAUGACUGGCUCAGGCUUUCUUGGCACUCAUUUUUAGUGAUUCAAUUUGAAAUGUUGUGUCCUCGGUACAAUAAGGAAAUGCUUUAUUAACAUACAGUGGCCCCAAAAAGUAUAUGGCCAUUUAAGCCACACUCAUAGUUAAAAAUGGCUCAGAAAAUUGAGGAUGAUUUUGAAAAAAGGGCUUGGAUAAUAUUUGAAUACAGAUGUCACUUGUUUUGAUUUUGUAUACAAUGUACUUAAAAACUUUUUAAUGUGACUUCAGUGUCCAAAAGUGUAAAAUAAAGUGUAGAAUAUUUUUGGGCCACUUUAUUAUUAUUAUUAUUAUGAUGAUAAAUUACGAUACAUUAAGUUUGUUUGCACUAUUUCUUCAAUUAUUAAAAUAAUAAUAAUAAUAAUAAUUUUGAAAAUCAUACUGUAGUGAUCGUGAUCCCAGUGUAGUUCGACCUUCCCUUUUUACUAUAGAUAACUUUUUGUGCAAAUCGUCUGGUUGCUUGUUUUGAGGUCAGUUAGCCUAGCCUGCAUGCCUGACCUGCUAACCAGAACAGCCCUCCUGUCCUUCUAAAUAAAGACCAGGAUGAUUACUUCCAACUUGGAUUGAGCUGAGCUAACAUCAUGGAGUGCAGUAUAGCCCUAUUUAUAUUCCUGGGUUCAUCCAAGGGCACAGAUAGAUAGCCGUCUAGAUCCCAAUUGAAUAUAGAAGAGAACAUGCUUCCAAAAAAUGUGAGCUGAAAACUUUUCUGUAUAAAUUGCUGGGGUUUUUUAUAGGUGUGUAUGUGAUUUUACAGGCUUGUUUGUACCAACUCUAAAAUAACAAAUAUAAAAUUCAUAUAUGUAUCUGCCAUACACUGGAUCAGUUAAUCAGAUUGGGUGUUUCUUUAAUGAACUAUUUCAGCUUACACUUGCAGAUUGACCCAUUUAGAACCAUUCUAAAAUGGGUCAAAAUGACCUGCAAGACCACAGAAAGGUUGAAAUGAAAAUGCAAGGUAUGUUAAUAAAAGCCAAUGUUUCCUGGGUUUGUUCAAUAUAGAAAAGGCGUAUUCCACAGGACAGAUCUCAGUAUGGUUUAUUAAGAUAUUAUUAAGUAUUAUGUAUUUGCAUGUGGUGCUGGCUAGGAUUUUAUUUGUUGUCAUCAGUAUACAUACAGUAUAUUUGUGCUUCCAUCAUGCUUCAUUUAAUUUUGUAUUCAGUUCUAGUAUGUCAAGAAUAUUUAAUUGUCAUGGCAUUCAGCAUAUUAAACCAAUGUUGUGUUUAACACUGGAUAGUCCCUAAAUAUUUUUGCAUUAAUUGUUAAUAUGAGAGAAGUGUUAUUUGUAUUCAAUAUAUUGCCAAUAAAUUGCUCAACACAACAAGGUUAUUAGCUUGUUUUUUUUUAAGUAAGUUUCUUUGACAAGAUC